CAAGAUCUGGUAAAUACUUGACCCAAGUGAAGAUUUGGCAAUGGUCGAUACUGUUGUUGAUAUUCGCCAUAACAUUUCAUGAAAAAUAUUGUUAAUUUUAUCGAUGUUGUGUUUUAGUUACUUGGUACUUGAUUUCAGAGAAACUUGGCAGGCUUAUUGGACAUUAUUUUUUUCUACCAAGAAAGCUUCAAAGCUGUUUGAAGCUUUCUGUGUAGUAUUCAUGGAACUAUGAACCUAGACUCGUUGUCUUUUGCUUUGUCUAAUAUUAGUUAUUCCGUGGCUAAUUUAACUAAAAAGAACUUUAAAUCUAGUGUACAGGAAAUAUCUAGACUUGUAGCCCAUCACGGCUUAGAGGCAGAGAGGCACCUUUUGCGUUGUCUAUUUUCUCAUGUAGAUUUCAGUGGUGAUGGUAAAAGUAGUGGUAAAGAUUUUCAUCAGACGCAGUUUUUGAUUCAGGAGUGUGCAUAUAUUUUAAACAAACCAAAUUUUGUAUCGACAUUUUGCUACGCUUUAGACUGCCCUCUCCAGCAGCAAAAGAGUCUCAGACCUUCUGCGAACCUUUUACCUCAAUUAAGCAGAGUACUCAAGCUAUCUUCAGUUCAGGAAGUUGCUUUUGGGUUAGCUCUUUUAAAUUCAUCCAUUCCUGAUCAUACAAAUUACGCCGUAGGUUUUCUAAAGCAAAAACUGCCAGAUUUUAUAAAGCACAUUUGUGAAUUAGAUAUAGAAAAUCAAGAAGAACCACUUGAUCUACCUCCUGUGAUCUUGCAUUUGUUGCUCAACCAUCUGUUCUGUGGAACAAAAGACUUAGGAAUUUCUUCAGAUCUUAAGGAAUCAUUUGUAAAAUCAUUAAAUCAAUAUUUGGGGGAUAAUAUACCUCUUUUCUUAAGACCUUUCCUGCGUUCAAGUGACUUAGAUCCAGUGAUGGAUUCUGUUGGAAAUUCUACAAAAUCUUCUGAAGACUCUAUCAUAGAUGUAAUUCAAGAAAUGGGAUAUAAUUUCACAUCAAGUAUGGAAGAAUGCCGAAACAAUAUGAUACAAAUUGGGCUCAGAGAAAUUACUGCUGCAGUUGUUGCACGAAUACUUUCCAUGAUGGCGAGGUCACAUUCUGGUUUAACAGAUGCCAUGCCAAUUCAGAACUUAAACAGCAAUAGUAUAAUUAUGUGGAAUGAUAAAGAGAAGUCUGAAGGGAAUCAGCAACCUACUUGGAAUGUGGAAAUUUUGGUCCAGGUUAUUCGUGAUAUGGCACCAUCACUUGAUUGGAAAGAAGUUGUACAUGAACUUGAUAAUCCUGGAUUCCAUUUGAAGGAUCGAAAGGGUUUCAAGCUCCUUUGGCAAGCAUUAAAUAUGGGUCUUGGCCACGAGACUUUUCCUAUGGAUAGGAUGUAUAGACGAUGGCGAAAUGCUGAAGGACAAUUUUCCUUUUUCCAACAAGUUUUAAAUAGUUCCGAUAUAGUGUGUUUAGCCGACUAUACUCACCGUCCUGUUUUAACAGAUGCCUUAAAAGCUCCUCCAGAAGAUGACAACCGAAGUAUCUCAAAUUGGAAAUCACUCGAUUUAAUUGAGACUUUGUUAUACUUAUCGGAGACACCCUAUUUUAAAGAUGAGCUUUUUAAAUUCCCCAUCUCACAUUGUCCUGAUCUUUUAAUGUUGGGACUGAUUCAGACAUCUCGAACGAUCAAUCAUAUCCAUAAAGAGCUGUUAUCAACACUUAUUCCAAUUUUUCUUGGCAAUCAUCCUAAUUCAGCUAUGGUUUUUCAUCUUGCAUGGCAUAGUCAGUUUCACUCAACAGCCAUACGAAAUAUAAUUAUGCAUGCGAUGGCCGAAUGGUAUGUACGAGGCGAAGGAGACCAAACGCGACUUUCUAGGAUUCUGGAUGUUGCACAGGACUUAAAGGCCUUGUCUAUGUUAUUGAAUUUGACUCCUUUUAUGUUUGUAAUAGAUCUGGCAUGCUUAGCAUCACGAAGAGAGUACCUCAAGUUAGACAAGUGGCUCAGUGAUAAAGUUAGAGAACACGGUGAAGCUUUUAUUCAAGCAUGUGUCACUUUCUUGAAUCGGCGCUGUCCUCAAAUUAUGGGUGGUAAUAUAAAAGAAGAAAACCUGCCAAAAAGUGCAUUGCCACCUGAAACUUUAGCAACAAUAUUGACAUUAUUACAUAAUCUUGUGGGGUCAAUUUCCCAAGAACUUUCAGAAACGAUAUUGACAAUGGUUGGGAAUUGUGGUGUAGUUCUUAAUAAAAAUCGUCUUCCUCCACCUGGUGUUGUUAAAACUUCUCAAGGACUGCAAUCAGUGUUGUCAUCUGCUGUCAUCAAUACCCCAAAUGCAAGUUUGGACCAGCUGACCAAUUUAACUUCAUCUGUGUCUGGUCUCACUUUGGGUGUUAAGACUAUAAGCAGUGUAAAUUCUGGAUUUUCUCUACCAUGUACAUUAAGCUCUUUUUCUAUUGCAUCGUCUGGAUCACCUGCGAAAAUGUUAUCUGUGGCUACGCCUUCAACACAGACUGUGUCUACUGUCAGUCAAAUUACACAAAAUCCGUUCUCAUCUAGCUUACCUACAGGAUCAUCACAACUUCCCGGGCAGUUUGGCUCCCAGCUGGUUGGAGAUAUUGGAGCCAUUUUUCCAGAUGCUAGUCAUCCUGUAUCUAAGGAGAUCGAAGAUGAAGCGAAUAGCUACUUUCAGAGGAUAUAUAAUCAUGCACCCCAUUCAUCACUUGCUAUUGAAGAUGUUCUUGAAAUGUUAAAGCGAUUUCAGGAUUCACCUAUUAAAAGAGAAAGGGAAGUAUUUAGCUGCAUGAUAAGAAACUUAUUUGAAGAAUACAGAUUUUUUCCCCAAUAUCCUGAUAAAGAGCUGAUAACAACUGCUCAACUAUUUGGUGGAAUUAUUGAUCAAAACUUGGUUAGACCAAGAACAGACGCGCAAAAGAAGAGUCUAGAAACGGGGCAACUGAUAGACAGCUACAUAACUUUAGGUCUGGCAUUAAGAUAUGUCUUGGAAUCUCUGAAAAAGCCACAAGGAAGUAAAAUGUACUACUUUGGUAUAACAGCAAUGGAUCGUUUUAAAACAAGGCUGAAAGAAUAUCCUCAAUAUUGUCAACAUCUUACAUCCAUAGCAAAUUUUCAUGAACUUCCACCUCAUCUUAUUGAGUAUAUAGAAUAUGGUGCUAGAUCUCAGGAGCCUCCAAAUCGUCUUCAAGGCCCAAUUAUACAAAGUGUUGCUUCAGCUUUUCCUUCCUUAACCCAGACUCCAAGUUUACCACUCACAUCUGCAACCACUGUAACAGUUACAGUUACAACUGUUUCAACUAAGACUACAGUGACAGGAAAGCCUUCCAUCGCAAAUGCUACAAACAUAGAUACACUUUUGGUGGCUACAGAAAAGGAUGAAAAACUUGUUGUACCUCCAGAGUCUGUGCAAGAUAAAGUAGCAUUCAUUGUAAAUAAUUUAUCUCAGGCAAACUUGGUCCAAAAGACUGAUGAAUUUAGAGAAAUUGUAAAAGAAGAAUAUUGGCCUUGGGCUUCACAAUACCUAGUCAUGAAGAGAGCUUCAAUAGAACCGAACUUCCACUCUUUAUAUUCAAAUUUUUUAGAUACACUAAAGUUGUGUGAUCUUACAAAAUUGGUAAUAAGAGAAACUUUUCGCAACAUUAAGGUGUUACUCCGAAGUGAUAAGGGAAUUGCAAAUUUUUCUGACCGAUCUCUGCUUAAGAAUUUAGGGCAUUGGUUGGGAAUGCUGACACUUGCUAAAUGCAAGCCAAUUUUGCAAAUAGAUAUUGAUGUCAAGUCGCUUUUGAUUGAAGCAUACCAUAAUGGCCAGCAAGAACUGUUAUAUGUCGUUCCAUUUGUUGCUAAAGUUUUAGAAUCUUGUGCAAAAAGUAAAGUAUUCAAACCUCCCAAUCCUUGGACUAUGGGAAUAAUGAAUGUAUUAGGUGAAUUACAUCAAGAGCAAGAUUUGAAAUUGAAUCUGAAAUUUGAAAUAGAAGUUCUGUGUAAAACCUUAAGUAUUGACAUAAAUGAUCUGAAACCAGGGAAUAUUCUUAAAGACCAGGAGCGUUUGCUUAAAAUUGAGCCACAACUUUCACCUUUACCUAAGCAUAAAGAACAGCAAGUAAUAAGCUCUGUAAACAUGCAAGUACCGGCUCAGCCUGCAUUAGGAAAUGUAGUACCCUCUACUCCUAAUCCUAUGCCAAAUAAUGUAUUGCAUGAAGAAACUAUUCAGAAUGUUCCAAUCAGCAGUAGCCCUCCUAUUGUUUCUCUGACUUCAACUCAACUGCCACCAAUUUCGACUUCAAUGCCACAACCUCAAUUUUCCUAUAGUGACAUUAAUGUUUUGUCUGUUGGUCAAUUAAAUCAGCAUCUGCUUAUCAACUCACAAUUGCCUUUAUUUCAAGCCCAUGCAGCAUUAAAGCAAUGUGUUAGACUUGCUGUAGAAAGAGCUGUUCAGGAAUGGAUGGCUCCAGUUGUUGAUAGAUCCAUUAAAAUUUCUUUAACAAGCUGUGAACAAAUAAUUAAAAAGGAUUUUGCUCUAGACCCUGAAGAAUCACGAAUGAGAAUUUCUGCUCAUCAUAUGAUUCGUAGUUUAACAGCAGGAAUGGUUAUGAUCACUUGUCGUGACCCUCUGUUUAUGUCUAUACAUACAAAUUUGAGAAAUAAUUUCUUGUCUACUUUAAGAAAUGCCACACCCCAACAAAAGGAAUUGAUUGACCAAGCAGCUGAUAUUGUAGCACGGGAUAAUUUGGAGCUUGCAUGCUGCUUUAUUCAAAAGACUGCAGUGGAGAAAGCCCUUCCAGAAAUUGACAAGCGUUUAAGUUCAGAAUAUGAAAUCAGAAAGCAUGCAAGAAGUGAAGGUCGAAGAUACUGUGAUCCUCAAGCAUUAACUUACCAAGCUGAGAGAAUGCCUGAGCAGAUACGCUUAAAGGUGGGUGGUGUGACACCUCAACAGAUGGCAGUGUACGAAGAAUUUGCUCGAAUGAUUCCAGGAUUCUUACCAAAUGGAGGAAGGGAGCAGCAGAGUAGCUUCGUGAAUAAACCCAUGACUCUUAUGCAGCCAUACAUGAAUGAUGACAUUACACAAUUGUAUGAUAAAAUCAUUUCGGAUUUAGAACUGCUGCUGCACGGUAUUAUUGUUGUACCUGGCAAUCCUCAUGUAACUGCACUUCACAAUUUACUAGAGGCUGUUCUUCAUACUCGUCCUUCAAGGGAGAUGCAAUCUGCUGUUGGUUUAUUGCAAAAGACUGUUGAAAGUUUCUUAGAAGGCAUGUCUCAACCCGCCAGUGAUAGCGAAAUAAUGGUUCGCUUCAAAGAAGGUCAUCUUAUUGUUAUGAAAUCUUUGGGAGAUAAUCGAGUAUAUGGUAAUCAGUGGACGAGUAAGCAAGUCACUCGGUGGUUGAUUGAAAGUAGAGAAGAAUGCCGCUACAAUGUUGAGGCUGUAGAUCUUUUAAUCAGAAAUCAUUUGAUUAACCUGCAAGCAUAUGAUCUGCAUCUAACUCAGUCAAUGGAGAAUGGAAUGAACAUCAUGGCUGUCCAAUUUGCAAUGCAGUUAGUUAAGUUGUAUCUUUUGGAUGAACGGCAGAAUGCUAUUGUAACUGAAGUUGAUCUCUAUAAUACGGUGGAAACUUUAGCUCGUAUAGCAUCAUUACCACGGCAACAUCCAGAUGGCUUAGUACAACUUUUAGAGAUGCUUCGAAAUACUGGGGAACCUGCUUUUUUAGAUCGUACAACUGGGGGAGGUCCAAUGUCUAUGAUGUAUUCUGGAAUAACACAAGCAAGAGAAUUCGAUGAUCCACCAGGUCUUUCCGAAAAAACUGAGUUCCUGUUGCGAGAAUGGGUGAACAUGUACCACGCUCCUAAUGCUGGAAGGGAUAGUACUAAAGCAUUUUCGCUCUUUGUUCAUCAGAUGAAUUUACAGGGUAUUUUAAAGACAGAUGAACUGAUAACACGAUUUUUUCGACUGAGCACAGAAAUGUGUGUGGAUCUAUGUUAUCAUGCACUGAAUGACCAGAAUACCAAAUCACCAACAGUUGUCAGAGCCAAAUGUUUCCACACACUGGAUGCUUACGUGCGCUUGAUUGCCCUCUUAGUGAAGCAUAGCGGUGAUGCCAACAACACUAUAACCAAAGUCAAUCUUUUAAAUAAGGUAUGUAUGAAUUUACAUCUAUACAGCAUUAAUAUAAAUUCUGUGUUUUGA